GUCCUCUCCAGGGGCCCCAGAGCUGCCCACCAGCUCCCUGCAGCCCCACCUCCCUCUGCAGAGCUACGAGCUGAUCCUCACCGAGGGGCACCUGAAGGUGGUGGAGAGGGGGCCUGGCGGAAACCUGCCCUACAAACUACGCUACAUGGGCAUCUACCUGGUCAUCGAGGCCCGCAUCGGGCUGGUCGUGUCCUGGGACCGCAAGACCAGCAUAUUCAUCAAGCUGCACCCAGCCUACAAGGGGAAGGUGUGCGGGCUAUGUGGCAACUUUGACGGCAACGCCAUCAACGACUUCACCACGCGGAGCCAGUCUGUGGUGGGCGACGUGCUAGAGUUUGGCAACAGCUGGAAGUUCUCCCCGUCCUGCCCGGACGCCCGUGUGCCCAGGGACCCCUGCACCACCAACCCGUACCGCAAGUCCUGGGCCCAGAAGCAAUGCAGCAUCCUCCACAGCCCCACCUUCGCCGCCUGCCGGUCUCAGGUCGACUCCACCAAGUACUACGAGGCCUGCGUGAGGGAUGCCUGUGCCUGUGACUCGGGCGGCGACUGCGAGUGCUUCUGCACCGCCGUGGCCGCCUACGCGCAGGCCUGCCAAGACGCGGGCGUGUGCGUGUCCUGGCGCCGCCCCGACGUCUGCCCCCUGUUCUGCGACUACUACAACCCCCACGGGGAGUGUGAGUGGCACUACCAGCCGUGCGGAGCGCCCUGCAUGCGGACCUGCCGGAACCCCAGCGGGCGCUGCCUCCUUGACCUGCCCGGCCUGGAAGGCUGCUACCCCAAGUGCCCACCCAGCAAGCCUUUCUUCAGUGAGGACCAGAUGAAGUGUGUGGCCCAGUGCGGCUGCUACGAUGAGGACGGAAACUACUACGAGGUCAACGCCAAUGUGCCCACUACUGAGAACUGCCNCCGCAGCACCUGCACCAGCGGCGGCGUCCAGUGCGAGCACCGCCUGGAGGCCUGCACGUGCACCUAUGAGGGCAGGACCUACGGCUACGAGGAUGAAAUCUACAACACCCCCGACGGGCUGGGCGCCUGCCUGGUCGCCAUCUGCCGGGACAAUGGCACCAUACACCGGGAGGCUGUGCAAUGUCCCAUGACCACGUUCCCAACAUUCAACUUCACCGCCACAGUGACGCCGCCGGCCACAGCAGCACCCACACCCUCAGUGGCCCCCACCGUGUGCGUGCAGGACGUCUGUGCCUGGUCAGACUGGUAUGACAGUAGCCGUCCUGAGCCUGGGAUGGGAGGUGGAGACUUCGAGACGUUUGCAGACCUGAAGCAGAAGGGCUACCAGGUUUGCGAAGCUCCUUCCGACAUCCAGUGCAGGGCGAAGCCUUUUCCUGACACGGCCCUGGAGAAGCUGGGCCAACGGGUGGACUGUGACCGUGCCCACGGGCUGACGUGUUUCAACCGUGAGCAGAGUCCCCCUCUCUGCCACAACUAUGAGCUGCGGGUCCUGUGCUGUGCACUUGAGCCCUGCGGCCCCUCCCUGACCCCGCACACCAGCCCCCAGCCAACCCCCAGCGCACCUGGCUCCAAGUCCUUGCCCACCCCGCCUCAAAUCAUAUCCACGAGAGAAACCACCCUGCAGUCGACCCCAAACUCCAAGUCCUCCACAACACUGACCUUGCAGACUGCAGCCACAAUGACCAUGACCCAGUCGGUCAGCAGUUCCCGGUCCCCGGGCGCCACCACUUGUCGGCCCAAGUGCCGGUGGACUGAGUGGUUUGAUGAAGACUACCCCAAGUCCGAGAAGGCCGGAGGGGACAUCGAGUCCUACGAUAAGAUCCGCAGAGCAGGCCGGGACAUAUGUGAGCGGCCAUGGGACAUAGAGUGCCAGGCUGAGAACUUCCCAAACGACACGCUCCAGCAGGUGGGCCAGAGGGUGCACUGUGACGCCAGCUUCGGCCUGGUCUGCAGGAACGAGGAGCAGGAGGGGCUGUUCCGCAUGUGUUACAACUACAGGAUCCGUGUCCUGUGCUGCAGCCUCAGCCACUGUGAGGGACAUGCCACCACCGUGCCACCUACCCGGACCCCCCAAGCUGGCACCACUGCAACGCUGCUCCCCUCAAUUGGGCCAACUCCCCUCCACAGCUCCACCCACACCCUCGUCACAUCCACUACCAGGAGCACGGGCCCUGGGAGGCCCACAUCUCCUCCAGGGUCCCAUACACCUACCAGUCCAGAGGGCUCCACACUGGUCCCUUCAACUCUCAGCACCCAGAGAACAACCUCAGUGAGCCUCAGCCCCUGGGUGUCCACGCCAGUAUCCAGAGCAGGAACGAGUCACACUGUGCUCCCAACAACAAGGACGUCCCCAGGGGCCGCCAGCACCACGGUCACCACAACCCUGCAGACCACCAGGUGCCAGCCCAGGUGUGAAUGGACAGAGUGGUUUGACGUAGACUUCCCGACCUCGGGGAUUUCUGGAGGCGACAUGGAGACAUUUGACAACAUCAGGGCAGCUGGGGGGAAGAUAUGCCGUGCACCCCAGAAGAUCGAGUGCCGUGCAGAGAGCUACCCAGAGGUGAGCCUGGACCAGAUCGGGCAGGUGCUGACCUGCAGCCUGUUGGAGGGGCUGGUGUGCAGAAACGAGGACCAGCAGGGCCAGUUCAACAUGUGCUUCAACUACAACGUGCGUGUCCUCUGCUGUGACAGCUACCAGCACUGUGGGGGCACGGUGGGGACUGUGGCCCCUUCCAUCACCACCCUCCCCACGGUGGGGCCCAUGUCUACCUCCACCACCACCCUCACCACACAGGGGCCCGCAUCCACCCUCACCAUGGCAGCCGUCUCCACCACAGCAGCCCCCAGCCCAACCUCUGUCGCUACAAUGGAAGUCCCGACCCCCACUCCCACCACAGCCACCACCACUCCCAUUGCUUCAGGCCUUAGGUCAUCUGGGGUCCCAGGACAUCCAACCUCAGCCACCACACACACUCGGCCCACCUCACCCAGCACCACUGAGUGGGUCACCAUCCUGACCACUUCUCAGUCCACCCCCGGGACCCUCGCAACCACAGCCAGCUCAGCCUCCCCCAGCAUGUCAUCCACACCUGCCCUGACCACCACACCCUUCAGAAGCGGGUCUACCAUGUGUGAGCCCCGCUGCACAUGGACAGACUGGCUGGACGAGAGCUACCCUGUGCCCGGGGCCUCUGGGGGGGACUUUGAGACAUAUGACAACAUCCAUGCAGCUGGUAAGGCCAUUUGCAAGAGCCCCGUGGACAUCCAGUGCCGCGCCAAGUCCCAGCCCGAUGUCCCACUCCAGGAACUGGGGCAGGUGGUACAGUGCGACCGGGCCAUCGGCCUGGUGUGCUGGAAUCGUGAUCAGCCUGGCAAGUUCCAGAUCUGCCUCAAUUACCACAUCCGUGUCCUUUGCUGCAACUAUAGUCAGUGCCUGAGCACCCCGUCCACCACUACUGUGUCCACCCUGGGGACCCACACAAGCCAGGGGUCCACACCAACCUCCUGGACCGUGCCCCUGCCCAUGUCUUCCACCAGCCCCUUGGCCCCUGGCACAGCCUCCACCAGGUGCCAGCCCGCCUGCCACUGGACACAAUGGCUAGACAGUGACCGGCCCCAGCCUGGUCGCUACGGGGGUGACAUUGAGACCUACUACCACAUCACAGAUGCAGGCGGGCAGCUGUGCAAGGAACCUGAGGCCAUCGAGUGCGAGGCCGUGCUGUACCCCGGAAGGCCGCUGGAGGUGCUGGGCCAGUCAGUGCUAUGUAAGGCGGAAUUCGGACUCAUCUGCCGGAACCACAAGCAGAAGAAGGGCCAGACCUGUCUCAACUACCACGUGCGUGUAUAUUGCUGCAAUGACUACAGCCACUGUGGGAGCAUGGAAGGCCCCACGUCCCCUGCCGCGUCCACGCCCACCACAGCUGGGCCCUUGUCCACCAAUGCGUCCACUCCCUCCAUGCCAGGCCCCACGUCCAUUACCACAUCGACUCCCACCAUGGUGGGCCUCACAUCCACCCUUGUCCACACCCACACCUUCACCACAGCAGCCCCCAGCCCAACCUCUGUCGCUACAACGGAAGUCCCGACCCCCACCCCCACCACAGCCACCACCACUCCCAUUGCUUCAGGCCUCAGGUCAUCUGGGGUCCCAGGACAUCCAACCUCAGCCACCACACACACACGGCCCACCACACCCACCACCACUGAGUGGGUCACCAUCCUGACCACUUCUCAGUCCACCCCCGGGACCCUCGCAACCACAGCCAGUUCAGCCUCCCCCAGCAUGUCAUCCACACCUGCCCUGACCACCACACCCUUCAAGAUCACCAGCACUGGGACCAUCCUGCCAUCCCCCAUACCUGAGGUCACCAGCACCCGGGCUACUUGGCCAUCCCCCACACCUGAGGUCACCAGCACCGGGACCACCCUGCCAUCCCCCAUACCUGAGGUCACUGGCACCCGGGCUACUCUGCCAUCCCCCACACCUGAGGCCACCGGCACCCGGGCUACUCUGCCAUCCCCCACACCUGAGGCCACCAGCACCAAGACCACCCCUUCACCAACCGCACCAGAGAUCACCAGCACUGAGACCAUCCUGCCAUCCCCCACACCUGAGGUCACCAGCACCGGGACCACCCUGCCAUCCCCCACACCUGAGGUCACCAGCACCCGGACUACCCCACUAUCCCCCACAACUGGGGCCACCAGCCCCGGGACCAUCCUGCCAUCCCCCACACCUGGGACCACCAGCACCAGGACCACCCUGAUCUCCAUCACACCUUGGGCCACCAGCACUGGGUCUACCCUGCCAUCCCCCACACCUGAGGUCACCAGCACCCGGACUACCCCACCAUCCCCCACAGCUGGGGCCACCAGCCCCGGGACCACCCUGCCAUCCCCCACACCUCAGGCCACCAAGACUGGGACUACCCUGCCAUCCUCCACACCUGGGGCCACCAGCUCUGUGGCCCCACCAACCUCAUCAGCAGGCUCUUGGAGCUCUGUUCCCAGCCUGAGCACAUCUAGCACAUCACCCUCACCCAUACCUCUCCUCACCUCUCUGAGGCCCACCUCCUCUCCCAGUCUGCCGCCCGUCAAGCACUGUUACUGCCAGGCCUUUGGAGAUCUCUUCUCUCCAGGUGAGUACUCCAAGCCUCUCCUUGUCCCAGGCAGCCUGGGGCUGGGCCUAUGCAGAUGGACAGUUGCAUGGCUUGUCCAGCCUUCACACCAUUGGUUGAAACGGGUGUGGCUUUCCUCCUCUCCAGGGGACGUCAUGUACAAUAAAACCGACAGGGCUGGCUGUCACUUCUACGCCAUUUGCAACCAGCAGUGUGACAUCGACCGCUUCCAGGGCCCCUGCCCCACCACUCUGCCACCCGAGUCCUCUGUGGUACCAUCCUCUGCCCCCAUGAUCACGCCCUCGCCCACCCCUGCUCCAGGUUGUGACCACACCACCCCUCCCAGACAGGUGAACGAGACCUGGACCCUGGCAGACUGCACCGUGGCCAAGUGUGAGGGCAACAACCGUGUUGUUCUACUGGAGCCGAAGCCAGUGGCCCAAGUGUCCUGCGCCAACCAGUAUCAGCCGGUCAAAGUGCAGAACCAGAGCGACCCCUGCAACUACCACUACGAGUGCGAGUGCAUCUGCACGGCCUGGGGCAACUCUCACUAUUCCACCUUCGAUGGCACCACCUUCUCCUUCCUGGGCAACUGCACCUACGUGCUCCUGCGGGAGAUCCAGCCACGCCACGGGAACCUGACGGUCCUCCUGGACCACCAGUACUGCGCGGCUGCCAUGGGCGCCGACCGCUGCCCCCGCGCCCUCCGCAUCUACUACCUGUCCAUGGAGAUCGUCCUCACGGUCACCGAGAGCAAAGGGGAGACGCAGAGCCUGAUCCUCUUGGAUGGUGAACACAUCAGCCAGAGCUCCAGCAAGGAUGGUGUGAACAUUUCCAAGACAAGGGCCGGCACCAUGGUGGUGCAUGUCCCUGACAUCGGUGCCCGAAUCACCUUUGACGGGAGCAUCUUCCAGGCCCAGCUCUCUUACAGCUUAUUCAGCCACAACACAGAGGGCCAGUGCGGCACCUGCACCAACAACUGGGCAGAUGAUUGCCGCCAACCAGAUGGUACCAUGGCUCCCACCUGCGAGAGCAUGGCCCAGACCUGGCUGGUGCCCGACAGCAGCAAGGAGGGAUGCCUGGCACCAACCAGGCUGCCCCCAAGCAGUAGCCCACGGCCCACUGUGUCCACCCCACCCACCUCUACCCCAUGUCCCCCGGAUCCCCUCUGUGAGCUGAUCAUGAGCCCGGUCUUCGCUGAGUGCCACGGCCUCAUCUCGCCCGGCCAGUUCUUCAGUGCAUGUGUCAGCGAUGGCUGCUGGGGGGACCACCCCCAAGGACCCUGCGAGAGCCUGGAAGCCUAUGCCACACUCUGCCGAGCCCGGGGCAUAUGCAGUGACUGGCGCAAUGCCACCCACGGGCUGUGUGAUCUCACCUGCCCACCCACCAAGGUGUACAAGCCGUGUGGCCCUGUGCAGCCUGAGACCUGUGACUCCAGGAACCAAAGCCCUGUGGGCCUGGGGCUAGCAGAGGGCUGCUUCUGCCCAGAUGACGAGGUCCUCUUCAACACGUACACCGGGGUCUGCGUGCCUGAGUGCCCCUGCGUGGGACCAGACGGGUUCCCCAAAUUCCCGGGCGAGCACUGGGUCAGUAACUGCCAGGACUGUGAGUGUGAGGCGAGCCCGGCGACCGUGCGGUGCCGGCCAGUGCAGUGCGAGGUGCUGGACGAGCCCCCCGCCUGCAGCCAGGCCGGCUUUGUGAGCGUGAGCAGGCCCCGGGCCGACAGCCCGUGCUGCCCGGAGAUCCUGUGUGUGUGCAACACAACCACCUGUCCUCAAGACCCACCUGAGUGUGGGCCAGGCCUGGAACUGACCCGUACCCAGGAGGACGGUGCCUGCUGCGCCACUUUCAGCUGCAAGCCUCAGGUCUGCACCUACAAUGGGACCAUCUAUGGGAUUGGAGCAACCUUCCUGGGGGCUGGGCCCUGUCACACGUGCACCUGCCUGUCCAGUGACACGCAGGCCCCCUCUGUGCAGUGUAAGGAGAACACCUGUGACACCUCCUGCUCCCAGGGCUUCGAGUACAGGAGUGUGACCGGACAGUGCUGCGGGCACUGCGCCCAGACCACCUGCCUCACGCCUGACGGGCAAGCGGUGCAGCCCAACGACACUUGGAUCAACCACCACGUGGACAACUGCACUGGGUACCGCUGCGAGGCUGGAGACGGCCACUUCCUGUUGGUCCCGCAGCCGGCGCGCUGUCCCGACGUGUCUGCCUGCAGGGUGCGGCUCCGGGAGCCGCAGACAGGCGAUUGCAUCGUGGUUUCCCUUGCAGACAAGUGCCAAGUACGCGUCAACACCACGGUGCUGAGGCACCGGGGCUGCGAGAGCGAGGCCGCCGUCAGCCUCACCUUCUGCGAGGGCUCCUGCCCGGGGCUGUCCAAGUACUCUGCUGAGGCGCAAGCCAUGGGGCGCCACUGCACCUGCUGCCGGGAGACCAGGGUGCACGAGGAGGCAGUGGCCAUGCGGUGUCCUGAUGGAACGCGGGUCCGCCACACCUACACCCUUGUGGACGAGUGCGCCUGCGGCCAGACCUUGACAGAGGGUCCCGCAGAAACAAAGCUGGACAUCUUGCCUGGUGCCCCCCUUGCGGGCCAGGGUGUCCCCGUGGCGUCCCCGUGGCUUCCCCGCCAGCCGCAG